UUAUAUUGAUUUAAUGGCGAGAUCAGUACACUUCUAUUGUCAGAAAUCAACAGAAAAAUGCAUAUUUUUAACAUGCAAUCGAUUUUAAUAACAGAUAUUCUCUAAAUAUCACUCUUUGGUAACUGGUAUCAUUCUCCUUGGGCGGAAAUCCAUGAAAUGUCCCUUGUCUAAGGUGGAGUUGAGGGGUAUUUUUUUAACUGAAAUGAAUUUGUUGAUGAACCAAAAUUGAAAAGUUGAAGAAAUUGUUUAUUAAUUUUCUCACUGUUUUUAUUGAAGUGGCGGAAAUUUGAAGUUUUGUAAUCGCAAAUCCGUACUUUUAUUAGUUUAGUGUGAUUUGUUUAAGAUGAGAAUACAUUAUACAAGUCUACUAAAUGCGAUGUAAAGCUUCCAAAGUGGCUUCUUGCAUCUGUUUUCUCGUCUGCUGAACAAAAUUAAAAAGUAUAAAGCUGAGCCAUAGUAUGGAUUUUAAGAAGAUUGCAAGUUCUGAACGAAAAUGCAAUAGCUGUGGAUUUGUGACAUUUUCUUUACGUGUCUUAUAUCGACAUAAGCACAGGUGUCAAGGUAAACUACAAGGAUCCCCCCAGAAAUGUGGCUAUUGCAAACGCAAGUUCAUUUUCCCUUUCAUUCGAAGACAACAUCUAAAGACCUGUGUAAAGCGAACUAAGAAAAUUUCUAGACUAUUAUCAAAGAAGAAAAAGAAUAAAUUAACAAAUGGCUUUAUUACAAAUGAAACAUCUAAGGAUAACAAGCCUUCAACUAUUGUGUGCCCUAUUUGUAUGAAAUUUUUUAACUCAAGGACACUUUAUGCUGAGCAUGAAGAAAAAGGAAAUUGCGGUCCACAAAUAGAAUUGGAAAAGAAAUCUGCUUCUGCGAGAAAAUCUUUUCAGAGAACUCCAUCUCAGUACAAGAAACGUAAAUAUUCGAGUGAUUCGACUGAUAGUGACAGUUCCUUAGUUUCAGACGAUCUGUUAUCUGAUAUUGUUGAGCGUAAUAGAAAGUUUUUAAAAUCUAGCCGUGGAUACUCGUGUAUACGUUGCAAGAAAACAUACCCUGCCAAAGUGAUUCUUUUAAAACAUUUGGAUUCGAAUUACAAAUGUGCUUUAGCUCAUUUUGAACAAGAUUUUUUUCAAAAGAAAUUUGCUAAAGCUAGAAAAUCUGUCCGCCACGUUGUUGCUCGAAAAUCAUUCUCACGUUCAUAUCGUAAUUCACACCAGUUAAACAGAUCAUCACCUAAUUUUGGGGCAUCAGCUAGAAAAAGUUUAUCGAAUUCAAUUCAUAAACAGCAGUUUAAAUGGCUUAGUGUUAAACAAAGUUCAGUAAAAACUGCAAAUCAGUGUCCUGUAUGUCAUGAAAAAUUUCCAGAUCCAUUCACUUUUUACCAUCAUCAGAAAAAGUAUCAUCACUGGGGAAAAGCUACUAAAACCAUUAAUCUUAGUUGCAAAUGCCCAUUUUGUCAUAAAGAGUUUUUCAGUGUCCGUGCUCGUAAUGCUCAUCUACGUAACCAUGCUGAUCAGACAGACCAAAAAAUUGAAGCAUUUUUGAAGAGUACAACAUGUGAUCUUUGUUCUCAAGUAUUUGUGUCAGAAGCUUUGAAAUUGCAACAUUUAAAGAUUGAACAUUCUAAAAAACAAAAUUCUACAAUUGUUACAGAUUCUACUGAUAUUCUGAUAAACGAUGGUUCGAAAUAUGUUUCUUUACCUUUAGCUAUAAAGCAACAGCUCAAGCAGUAUCCUAAUGAAUGUCCUGUUUGUGCUGAAGAGUUUUCGUCACCAACUCUACGUAAUAAUCAUUUUGAAGAAAUUCAUCUGAAUUCUGAUAUAGCCUGCCAGUUCUGUCCUAUCAAAUGUAGCCAUGAAGAACUUGUUGAUGACCAUAUGAAAAAAUUUCAUUAUGAUCAGUUUAAGUAUGAGUGCUUUGUGUGUAAGGACAAAUUUCCGUCAGUGUCUCAUGUGGUUGCACAUGUUAAAAAGCUGCAUCCUGCUCAUGAUCCUAAGAAUAAACAGCAAAGUGCAAUUAAAUCUUUUAAUCAACAAAACUCGAGAGCAUUUGAAACUGCUCAGAGAAAGGAGUCACAAGAGAAGGAUCAGGGUUAUUUUUGUGAUAUUUGCAGUUUAACGUUCCCGAAAUUGCAACUUCUUAGAAGACAUGAACAAUCAAAGGAACACUGCGACACUUUGGUAAAGAAUUUGGAUGCUGUGCAUGAAUCUUUAUCUAACCUUCCUCCCUCUCCUUCCCCAGUAUUGCCUAAAUCAGUCGCAACACCACAAAAUAUUUCUUGUUCAGAGUGUUAUGAAGAGUUUACUACCUUAAAGGAUUUUGUUCCUCAUCGAUUGAGCCAUUUUGGAGAGAAGGAAAAGUACAUGGAAAUCAAUGAAGAUAACACAUACACUUGUGAAAUAUGUGGUGAUGUAUCUGAUAGCCAUUCUAAGGUGCAAAUUCAUUUAUUUUGGCAUCUUCAAAUUGAGUCUUCAUCAAAGGAAAAAAAGACUCCUGCUGUUUCGAAAAGUAAUUCUGCAAUGAGUGGUAGAUCAAGUAGCCAACAUGUGGCGAAAAAGUCAUUUGGUAAACAGACUCGAGAAACACACCAAGAAGUUGUUAUUGGGGGUGUGAAAAAGCAUCUUUUUACUUGUGAUUCAUGUAAAAUUGGGUUUACAGAUCAAACCCAUUAUAAUUUGCAUGUUCGCAGAUUUUGUAGAAUGAAAAAUAAUCCAUUAUUAAAUAAGUCUAGUGAGGUGGUUAUUACGGAACCUUCGAAAUCAAGUAGUGCCUUGUCAAGUUCAAAAAUUAAUAAAUCUGAAACAAGGGAGAAUGUUAGUGUGGAAAUCAUGCUGUGUCAUCAAUGCUGUAGCAUUUUUAACAAAUCUAUUAAAAAUGUUCAUGAUGAACUCUGUUCUAAGUGCAAAAGAAGUCAUUUAGAACCUUCUGCGAAUGUUAUUGGCUUCAAAACUUCUAUAAAACUUAAAAAGGCAGUUGCAGCUUGCCUGAAGUGUGAUUUUUUGUUUUCGACAUCACAAAAGUUUGUUGAGCAUAUGAUUUCCAUCCAUGGUCUUCGUGAAGAAAAAGAAAAUCUUGUGCAUAACAAAAAUGAAAUUCUCGAUGAUAAAGAAAGGGAAAUUCUUCAGAAUGAGGAAAAAGAAAUUCUGGUGGAUGAUGAAAAAGAAAUUAUUGUGAAAGAUGAAAAACAAACUUUCCUAGACAAGGAAGAAACAGAAAUUCCUGCGAAUGAAGAAAAUGAAAUUACCAUAAAUGAUGAAAAUGAAAUUUCCAUAAAUGAUGAAAACACCCUGGUCUUAGGAGGAGAUUUUGUAAUUCACUGUACCACUUGCAAUUUCAUUUUCUUUGCUACGGACACACUUAGUGAGCAUGAAAAGACAUGCACUAAAUUCUCUUACAGUAAUUCUAGACUUGAGAAUUACACUCCUGAGUUUAAAGCUGCUUUAGAGGAAAAUGGGAUUGUUUCAAGUUGUCUUAACUGUGACUUGGCAUUUAACAAUGCUCAAGAUUUAACCGAGCAUUUAGAGUUUCACCAGAAAGAUUCUAUAUCAACGGAACAGGGUAGUUCAGAGGUCAUGGUUCUCAAUGAGUCUUCUAUUCAAGAUGAAAAGAUGGACACUAAUGACACGGUUUCUGAAAAUACUUCAGUUCCGGCCCCCGAGGUACUAAAAAGUACCCAAGCGUCUGACAGUGUUUCGGACAUGCUGCCUAAUGCACAAAUUGACUCUUUAGUUAACAAUAAAGACGUUUCAUUAGUUCCUGUCAAUGCACCAUCUGACUCUUUGCCAAGUAAAAAGGCUGAUGAUAUUGAUGGUUUAAGAAAGAACUUUUCUCAGUUACUUUCUAUCCUGGUUGCUGAUCCUGAUUUGAUGCAACAGUUAGGAUAUGGAGAACUCUUAGUUGAUGAAGUUCUUAUAAAUGUUUUGCAAACUAUGGAGCAAACGCCUGUUUUAAAGGAUGAAAAGACUACGGAUUUAGAAUGUCUGCGCAAAAACAUUCUUAUUUUAUUAGACUUUUGCUUGGAAGACCAGAUAAUGGCUCUUAUUAAAGAGGGCAAAACGUCAACUGAUGACAUAGUUGUUGAAGCUCUAAAAAUAUUUGGUGGGGAAUCAAGUAUGUCUAUAGUAGCUUUAGAGUAAAAUUACUAUACCAUUCAAUGCAUUUGUAUUAUGUUUUCAUUCAUAAUUGUCACAUGCAUUUUAUUUACUUCAACAGUUAUUAUCAUACUUUUAAGAUGUAUUUUUGAAUACUUUUGUUCUAUUAAUUUCUCUUUGACUAACCUUUUGUGGUUAAAUUAUAAUACUUAUAAAAAUUGUAUAUUAUAUAUCAAUAAAACUUGAUUUGUUGA